AGGGAGGGGGAAAGCGUAGAGAAGGCUAGGACUCAGGGGUGGGGUUGGAGAAUGCAGACAGAGCAACAGCUUGAGCUCUGGGACUACAGUGAACUGAAAGUAAGAGCGUGGUGUGCUCUCAACGAAGGAGUGAGAAAAAGAAAGCCAGAAAAGGAGAUGAAAGGAAACAAGACACAUCAAUCUACAUAAAGGAGGGCGUGUGGACAAAAGACUGACAUUGUAGUUCUAUAGGAGCCUAACGGAGGGGGAGAAAAGAGGGGGAAAGGAGAGAGGAGAUUUUUAUAGGGUACAGACCGAGAUAUGAUAGUCUGCUUAUAGAAGAGGUGUGCCUGGAAACGCUCUGAGAAAGAGACAGAGGGGGAGAGACAGAGAGAGAGGGAAGGGGAGAGACAGAGAGAGAGGGAAGGAGAGAGAGAGAGAAAGAGAGGGCGGAAAAUGAGGGGGGAGUGAGUGAGACAGAAAGAUUAACCACCGUCAGAAAGAGUGAGAGUGAGCAGUGAAGGACAAUCUGGGGCAAAUUGCAAGGGAGGGAGGGGGAGGUAAAAAUAAGAAAGGAAAAGAGGGGAAAGGUCUGAAACAAACUAAUGUGUAAGUGCUGAGUGAAGGACAAUAGGAGAGAGGGAAAGAGAGAGAAAAGAAGAAGAGGGGGCCAGCCAGAGGAAGUAGCAGGGCGAGAGAGGCAUGAGGGGACUGUUCUCCUUUAUGCUCACCCUGUCCAUCCUGGGGACUGUCCUGACUGCACUCGUCUGGUACUUCUUCAGCAAACACAAUGUUCAACCUGGCAGACCCCCCCACAAAAGUCAUAUUAUGAACUCUGGGCCAGUCUCCUCCAGAACAUGCAAGGGCUGCAGGGAUACAGUCACUGACAAAGUGGUGGAACUCUACUCUCACAGCUGGAGGAAGCAGGAGGACAAGUUCAGAAAUUUCAGGUCUCUUCUGAGUAACAGAUGUCAUGGACUCACCAAGGCUAUGGUAACACAGGCUAACACUCCUCUGGGGUCAAAGGUUGUGUACGAUGGAGAGAAGAGGAAGCCUCUUCAGGUGACCCCUGAACUGUUCAGCACCUUUGCUAAGGAGAAUCCUUUUGUGAAUACGACAUGGGAUACGUGUUCUGUGGUUGGGAAUGGGGGAAUCCUAGCUAAUAGCAGCUGUGGAGAGAAAAUCGACUCCGCCCAGUUUGUUAUCAGGUGUAACCUCCCUCCUCUGGAGAAUCGCUAUGAGCGAGACGUGGGCAACAAGACAGACUUGGUGACAGCUAAUCCCAGCAUCCUCAUGGAGAAAUAUGGGGGCCUGCAGGAGCGUCGUCGGCCCUUCGUGGAGAGCCUGCGUAGCUAUGGCGACUCCCUGAUGCUCCUGCCAGCCUUCUCGUACGGCCACAACACACCCGUGUCUCUGCGGGCCCUCUACACCAUCCAGGACUUUGACAGCCCCUCGCGGCCCGUCUUCCUCAACCCAGAGUACCUACAGAGUCUGGCGCGCUUCUGGCAGGGCCAGGGCCUGCGAACGGUACGCCUCAGCACAGGACUCAUCGUGGCUAGCCUGGCGUUGGAGCUGUGUGCCAACGUGCAUCUCUACGGGUUCUGGCCCUUUAAUGAACACCCCCACCGACACCAGCCCCUCACCAACCACUACUACGACGACAGGCAGAGUAAGAAGAAGGUGCACGCCAUGCCCGCUGAGUUUGACCACCUGCUAAGACUCCACACCCAGGGCGUGCUCAGGAUACACCUGGGAGAGUGUGCACCCACCGCCAGUCCUGGAUGUAGCUCAAAGAUGACCUGGGCCCCAGCCUCAGUCUCAGGCCUCAGUCUCCCGGUUGGCUCUCUGGGUAGUGCCAUGCCCACACUGGUACAACGCAACACAACCUCCCAGAGCCAGAAGCCUUGGGCUGGGCCCGACACCAACGUCUCUGGACCAUCAGGACUUGGGCAGGGUGCUUCUGAAGACCCCACACAGUGUUCAGAGCAAAGGACAAAACACAGGACGGGGAACAGAAGGAGACCAGGGAAGUGAUGACACCCAUAAACAUUUCUGGGGUCCCCUUUCAUAAAGAGUUUCCAUGGUUACCAGCUCACACAGGCCAAAGCAUUAUAACAACAAAUACUCUCACCCCUGUGACCAUGGUGACAGUAAAUAAUCUGUGCUGUGACUAAGUAACAACAGUAGCAAGGGAGUGAGGGAGUGGUGGGGGGAUGCAGAAUUGACAGUUCGCCUGUUAGCACUGUAGCUGCUGUAAGUAAUAUGUUAAAACCAGAUGCAUGAGUAAGAAGGGCAUUCUAGAUCUUGUAUUAUUUCUCUAUAAUGCAAGAUAUACUUGGAAGGUAGAAUUCAUUAGCUAUUCAUUCUUACAAGUUCUAUGUUUGGGCUGCUUUUGAAAGCAAAAGUCCAAUUGAAAACAUUAUUGUCAUUUUUUUUUACUCGAUUUUCAUAAUGGUAAGCUCGGACUAAUGGUUUUAUUAGCUAAACUAGCAAGUCUGUUUGUUUGGUAACCACGGCAAACUGUAGCUAUCUAGUGAACUUGCUAGCUACUUUAAUGGAUGUUGAACACAUUUCUAGCGUCAAAUGUCUUAAAUUAUAGCCAUGGUUGUCACGCCCUGAUCUGUUUCACCUGUCCUUGUGCUUGUCUCCACCCCACUCCAGGUGUCGUCCAUCUUCCCCACUUAUCCUCUGGGUAUUUAUACCUGUGUUCUCUGUCUGUCUGUGCCAGUUCGUCUUGUUUGUUCAAGUCAACCAGCGUUUUGUUUGUUUGGCUUUUUCCCUAGUCUCUCUUCUUCUCGUCCUCUUGGUUUUGACCCUUGCCUGACCUGACCCUGGGCCUGCCUGUACCUUGGCCCCACUACUCUGGAUUAUAGACACCUGCCUGCCUUGACCUGUCGUUUGCCUGCCCCUGUUGUUGCAAUAAACAUUGUUACUUCAACACAGUCUGCACUUGGGUCUUACCUGAAACCUGAUAAUGGUAUAAAGGAGGUAAUCAACUCGGGGCUCUAUGAGUUCUCUGGAAAAUAAUGCAACUCGGUGGAAGGUCAGUUCCACUCACCGAGCGCGUCGUGGAACCCACCUUCCACCUUACUGUUGUGUACCUUAGUAGCACUUCCCUUCCUCCUCUUUCUACACCUUCCACCUCGUUCAUUAUUUUCCAUAGAAAGCAUAGCCCCGAGUUGAUUAUCCCUUACUGACAUUUCUUCGACCUCACUCCAAUAUGCUUUCCACACCAUUUCAAUGUAUUUUGCUAGACCUCAAAGAUAGACAUUAACGGACUCUUAUGCCACUACCAAUAGCAUUAACUAUGUAUGGAAUGCUGUGUGAAAAUGUCUUAGCACUGAGGCUGGUUUUUGCAAGUAUUCAGACCGUUUGCGAGGAGACUCGAAAUUGAGCUCAGGUGCAUCCUGUUCCCAUUGAUCAUCCUUGAGAUGUUUCUACAACUUGAUUGGUGUCCACCUGCAGUAAAUUAAAUUGAUUGGAUAUGAUUUGGAAAGGCACACACCUGUCUAUAUGACGUCCCACAGUUGACAGUGCAUGUCAGAGCAAAAACCAAGCCAUGCGGUCGAAGGAACUGUGUCUAGGCACAGAUCUGGGGAAGGGUACCAAAAAAGGUCUGAUUGAACCAAGGUUGAACUCUCCAAGAACACAGUGGCCUCCAUUAUUCUUAAAUGGAAGAAGUUUGGAGCCACCAAGACUCUUCCUAGAGUUGGAACUGAGCAAUCACGGGAGAAGGGCCUUGGUCAGAGAGGUGACCAAGAACCCAAUGGUCACUCUAACCGAGUUCCAGAGUUCCUCUGUGGAGAUGGGAGAACCAUCCAGAAGGAUAAGAAUCUCUGCAGCACUCUAUCAAUCAGGCCUUUAUUGUAGAGUGGCCAAUCGGAAGCCACUCCUGUAAAAGGCACAUGACAGCCUGCUUGGAGUUUGCCAAAAGGCACCCAAAGGACUCUGACCAUGACAAACAAUAUUCACUGGUCUGAUGAAACCAAGAUUGAACUCUUUGGCCUGAAUGCCAAGUGUCACGUCUGUAGGAAACCUGGCACCAUCCCUACGGUAAAGCAUGGUGGUGGCAGAAUCAUGCUGUGUGGAUGUUUUUCAGCAGUAGGACUGGGAGACUAAUCUGGAGAGACCUGAAAAUAGCUGUGCAGCGACGCUCCCCAUCCAACCUGACAGAGUUUGAGAGGAUCGGCAGAGAAGAAUGGGAGAAACUCCCCAAAUACAGGUGUGCCAAGCUUGUAGCGUCAUACCCAAGUCUUGAGGCUGUAAUCGCUGCCAAAGGUGAUUCAACAAAGUACUGAGUAAAGGAUCUGAAUAAAUGUGAUAUUUCAGUUUUGAAUUUUUUACUUGUUUCUGCUUUGUCAUUAUGGGGUAUUGUGUGUAGAUUGAUGAAUUUAAUCCAUUUUAGAAUAAGGCUGUAAUGUAACAAAAUGUGGAAAAAGUCAAGGGGUCUGAACACAAUAAUGCGCCACCAGUAACCUUUAGCACAUACUAUUCCUCCUGCAUUCUACUAUCAUUACAGUACCUUGCCUGUCCAGAGCAGAUAUUGUCACUGUGUCUCCAGCCACUGGGGAUACCUAAAUUACCGGCUGGGUACUCUUGUUUUUUUUCUAUCGUCCUGGGGCUUGGUUAUUACUGCAUUGUCGGAACUAGAAGCACAAGCAUUUCGCUACACUCGCAUUAACAUCUGCUAACCAUGUGUAUGUGACAAAUAAAAUUGGAUUUGAUUUGAACCAACCGGAACAAUC